UACUCAUUCUAUUUUUAGAGUUCAUCAAUUUAAUCUUAAACUUGAUAAUAUCUUUCUUAAAUAACUUACUUUUCUUUUUCUAACUCUUGUUAUUGUUAUAAAGCUAUUUCUUAAUUUUUUUAAAGUUAAUAAUAGUCAUUUUACAAAUUAUCAAGCUUUUCUUAAAGGGCUUCAUUUAUCUAGUUGUUUUCUACAUCUUUAUAAUUUUCGUUUUGAUUUUAAUUAGUGAAUUUUUCAAUUUCAAUUUCUUAAUUUUAAAUUUUUAAGUUUAAAAUUUAAUUUUUAUUUUAUGAAUUAAAGAGCUCUUUUUGUAAAUUUUCAUUUUCUUUUUUUAAAUUUAUCAUUUCAUUAUUUAAAACAGCAUAUUAAUCUUGUAAUAUUUACCUUUCUUUUUCACUAUUUUCUAACUCUUAUAGAUUACUGUUUUGUUUUUAUACUAAUGUUUCUUUCUCUUUUUAUAGAUUUUCUAUUUGUUCUUAAAAUGAAUUUGUUAUUUAUUACAUUUAGAUUUUUGAAUCUUCAUAUAAUCUUUAUUAUUGUUCCUCUAACUUGCUUGUUAACUCGACUAUUUUUUCUUCUAAUUGAAUUAUGUGUAAUUUUUUUCAUUUGUUUCUUGCUUUUUUCUUUGUAGUUCGUUUUUUAUAUCUUCGAAAUUCUCGUUUUCUAUAUUAUCUAGCUCAUUAUGUUUAUCUUAUGAUUUUUAAUUUGAAUUACUUGAGUUUUUCUAGAUAGUUAAUUGUUAAGCUUAUUAAGUAUUUUGUGAAUUUACAUGGCAUAUUUAGUUCUUUAUGCAA